GUCCCUGGGAGAGACCACGUUGGAGAGCCACUGCUGACAGUUGUAGCCCAAAGUCUGGAUUAUCAUAACAACGUCGCAACAAGAGAGAGCGAGAGGAGGCACAGGCAAAGUGUUGUCGUUGCGCCAAGAGAGCACCCAAUGACUUUGUGUUGACAGCAGAAGUGUGCAGGAUACAGCAGAUCUUUUCAGCAAUCCUUCCGUUCCACUUCAGGAAGCAAAGGAGGACGUGGAUCAUCAAGAAAGAUGUUUUUUGUGGCGGGGACCAAAAAUACAGCUGGAGCGAGCAGAGGAAAUGAAAGGAGGUCAAUCUACCAGAAAUUUCGAGAGGUAGAUUUAUUGGACAGGAAGAAGAGGACAGUGACGGCUUUAAAGGCGGGUGAAGAUCGAGCCAUUCUCCUGGGGCUGGGAAUGAUCCUCUCCUCAGUCAUGAUGUACUUUGUCCUGGGGAUCACUUUAUUACGCUCCUAUGCAGACAGUGUGUGGACAGAGGAGGGUGUGUGUGUUGUCCUCAACUCCACGGUCACAGCAGACAUGAACUGUUCCUACAACUGUGGGUCAGACUGCUGGAGAGUCUCCAAAUACCCCUGUCUGCAGGUCUACGUGAGCGUCAAUAACACGGGCCGUGUCAGCCGUUUAUCUCACAAUGAGGAGACCCAGGACACUAGCUCUGAAUGUCUCUAAGUGCCCAGGUGCCAGAAGGACAGCUUGGCCAUGCACGUCAUUAUCAUGAACAUCUCUGAGCGUCUAAAGGUGAACCAGCAGGUCCCCUGUUUUUACGACCCCAGCGAGCAGCAGGAGACCGUCCUCCUGACGCGGCUGUACGACUACAGCGUCAUCUUCCACUCGCUGCUGUGGCCCUCCUGCAUGCUCAUGGGAGGAGCCCUCAUCAUCGUCAUGGUGAAGCUCACGCAAUACCUCUCCAGACUGUGCGAAGAGAUAGGGAAGAUCAAGAGGUGAAAUGCAACGCAGCAGCUGUCAAUGCCGAACACAUGGCGGUUUGGUGAUGGACGUAUGACAUGAAAGAGAUUGUUUCAACCAAGCGACCUUGCUGUGAUCUCUCGCAAACUUUCCUCUUCGGCUGAGGCGUUUGGAACAGCUGGCUUUCUCUCCGGAUCGAGGAUGUGACUGUUUCUAAACGUGAACUGAAUGUUCCAGGGCAGAAACUGUCAGAUGUAUAACAGGCUGUUAUACAGAGAAAACUAGGACUGUCUUUUGCAUGGUGGUUAAGCACUGUAAAAUGUUUUACGGGUACGAGUUUGUUACACUUGUGAUAAAAUAAACGACACACGUGACAUUGGCAACCUGUAUUUAAACUGACGGGAGAAAUCACUGCUGUCCAAAAAUAUCCUCUGCAUGUGGUUGUUAAUGUUGAGGAAUGUAACAAUGCUGAGAACUUUCCUGAAACUAUAAUAUACUCUCUCAGUGACCAAAAAACAUAUGCAGGUCUCUCACAAUGAAAUCUUUCAGAAAUGAACAUAAGAUGUAUAUGGG